AACUGCUGAUUGUUCCUUUGCUUCUGCUCUUCUAGCUUAAUUUACUAAACAUAGUUUUGUCUUUUCUUUGUAGUAAUGAAUGUUAUAACAAUUGAAGACUAUAAGAGCACAUAUUGGCCAAAGUUGGACAGUGCCAUAGAUCAGCUUUUAACUCAGAGUCCUGGUGACUACAUCCCUAUCUCCUAUGAACAAAUAUACAGUUGUGUGUAUAAGUGUGUAUGCCAGCAGCAUUCGGAACAGAUGUAUAGUGACCUAAUAAAAAAGAUAACUAACCACUUAGAGAGAGUCUCAAAGGAGCUGCAGAAUAAAUUUUACAUAGAAACCAAGCUUAACAGAGACUUAAAAGAUGACCUUAUAAAGCUGUUUACGGACCAUGUUGCAGAAAAGCACAUUUACAACCUAAUGCCUUUACUUUUGGAAGCUCAGUCAACACCGUUUCAAAUAACUCCUUCAACCAUGGCAAAUAUUGUGAAAGGCCUGUAUACACUAAGACCAGAAUGGGUACAGAUGGCACCAGCUUUAUUUUCAAAAUUCAUCCCAAACAUUCUACCCCCUGCUGUGGAAUCUGAGCUUCAGGAAUACGCUGCUCAAGACCAGAAAUUUCAAAGAGAGCUUAUGCAGAAUGGAUUUACUAGGGGUGACCAGUCACGCAAGAGAGCUGGAGAAGAGUUAACUUACAAUGGCUCAUCAGCUUGUGCAAGCUCCAGGGGGUACAGAUAGUGAAUAUACUGGAUCAGCUUCUAUUCCUAGCCAGAACAGACACUGGAGGAGCGCAGGUGGUAUCCGGAGCCUCCUUUGGCAACUGCUGAUACUCGAGCUCUGACACGAACUAUGCCUCGAAGAAGAGUUUUGGACUUUCUUCUUUAUAUAAUAAAAUGUCAGUUGCUGCUACAAUUGGGAUGACUUUGAAAGACAUGAUUCCUUGGUCUAGUCUCUCAAUAAGUUCUUGUUCUGCGAUUUUGUGAGGAAACGCACCUUGAAAAACAAUCCUUUCAAAGUGGAAACGGGCAGCCGAAAUCAGCAGCUUCCAAAAGUGUUAGAAUGGAAGAAUCUUUUUUGCACUCUUUUCUUAAUAUUAAGGACGUUCUUAAAACUAGUUAACACAUCAGUGUAUUAGUUUUUAAACUUCAAGGUAUUUUCUGGAGCUUUUACUUAAAUAAUAAGAAUAAAGUUUCAUUAUUUUGCAGUAUUUGUUCAUUAGUACAAAAAUGAUGUCACCUUUUAAGAGUUGGUCCCAUAUAAAUGUAUCUUCUGUCAGGGAAUUUUAAAUUUCAGAUUCUCUUGUAUCAGUUUUUUUUGUAACUUCCUCUGUUUUAGAAUCUGUUUUCCUAUGUGUUUGUACUCUGUGCCUUCAGCUUGUGCACUUUGCAACUUUAUAGACCAUAUUUUGUUACUGCAAAAUAUGUUCUUGAGGAAAAGCUUCUGAUGUGAACGAACAUGCUGCAAAGUCACAUACUUCUCUUGCAUCAAUAGGAGAUGAAUUUAAGAAGGAAUGAUGAAAAGUUGAACUUACCACUGUCACUAACAGUGACUUGGUAGUUUGUCCCGUUUUGUUUUUCAUAUGUAUUGGUAUUUAAUGCUGGGACCAACUCUUGUAGAAUCCCCCUCAUUAACUUUUCAUUGGCUUCCAUAAUUGCAAUAGAUUGAGAUGUGAAUUCCAGACUGAAUGAAAUGCUAAGAUAUGUUUUAUACCAUGUUGUACAGAAACAACUGUCACGGCUAAAUUUUUUUAGGAUGGAUCGUGGAUAAAAUUCUCCUGUCUAGUAGGUCUACAAAGCGCAUCUCCAUUGGCACAAAGCAGACUUGCACAUCGUUGUCAGAGGAUAAUGGUACCUGUCCAAGAUCACUUUGUGGCUCCUGUGCCUUUUCCCUUCUUUAGAUGAUGUGAGGGGGGCAUGAUAGUAGAUGUAGUCAGUGUAUCCCUGCAUUGAAUUGCCAGAAACGCACAACAGAAACGGCAAGUUACAAAUGUGGCAUAAUGCAUCCAUAUGUACCCAUCACCCUCCCUACUUCCAGUCUUGUGUGAACUUAGCUGGGAUCCAGCUGAGGAGAUCUGAGAUCCAGUAGAUCUGGACCUAUGAUCUGAAUCUUAACGAUUAUAACAUCUGUUUUAAUCAGUAGAAUGGCUAAUGCAAUUCGUUUGAGAGGAGAAAUGUUCUUGAAAGAGCAGCUUGACUACAGAUUUUUUUUUUUUUAUUAACUGGUGACUACGGAUUUAUUUUUCAUCAGCUUUUGUUAUGAAGAGAAAUGAGUUGGUUAUGUAAGACCUUUCUGAAGUGAAACAGAUGUUCAGUUUUGUUUCGCACAACUGUUAUGUUUGUAUUAAAAAAACAAAACACAAAAAAAACCCUUUAUGCUUGCAUAA